CCUCAUAUGGGUGACACUGGGGGUGUGAUUGUAAUAUACAGUCAUUUAAAUGUUGUAUUGGUGUAAGGAUCAUGGACUUCGGAUCUCCUUAGUAUCACAUGUAUGUUAGCAUGAAAUGUCUUUAUGUGGGUAAACUUUUGUAUUAGACUGCAUACACCACAGUAAUCUGUAGUUUUGGACGUGGCACAAAUUCAGCAAGUAUUUAGUGAGUAAUGGUGAAUAAACACGCCCCCUGUGGGCGGAGCAUGAGGCGUUCAGGUGACGGGAGAGAGAGAGAGAGAGAGAGAGAGAGAGAGAGAGUUUGCCGCUAACGGUUUUUCCAGCUGACAGCGACACAGAGGAAACAUUUUAUCCUCCUUGUUACGGAAAAGCGAAGUGUAGUUGCACAAUACUGGUUGGGAGGGAAACAAACAGAUCAGCAUUAUGUUCAGCUGGGUGAACAAGGAACAGGGUGGAAGAAACAAGGACGGCGACAUGUUUCAAACGGUGACCGAAGGACUUCAGAGUCUCUAUACUAAAAAAUUACUGCCUUUAGAAGAUGCUUACCUUUUCCAUGACUUCCACUCACCUGCCCUGGAAGAAGCGGAUUUUCAGAGCAAACCAAUGGUCCUAUUGGUGGGUCAAUACUCCACAGGAAAGACCACUUUCAUAAGGUAUUUGCUGGAGCAGGAUUUUCCUGGUAUGCGGAUCGGGCCUGAGCCGACGACAGACGGCUUCAUUGCUGUGAUGUAUGGGGAGAACGAGGGAGUUGUACCUGGAAAUGCACUGGUGGUGGACCCCAGGAAACCCUUCCGGAAACUGAAUGCUUUUGGAAACGCUUUUCUGAACAGGUUCAUCUGCUCUCAGGUCCCCAACCAAGUCUUGCAGAGCAUUAGCAUCAUUGACACACCGGGCAUCUUGUCUGGGGAAAAACAGCGUAUUAGCAGAGGCUACGAUUUCUCUGAAGUUCUGCGAUGGUUUGGUGAGCGUGUGGAUCGCAUCAUCCUCCUCUUUGAUGCCCACAAGCUGGAUAUCUCUGACGAGUUCUCGGAGGCUAUCAAGGCCUUCCGUGGACAGGACGACAAGAUCCGCGUGGUUCUAAACAAGGCUGACCAGGUGGACACACAACAGCUGAUGCGUGUCUAUGGGGCUCUGAUGUGGUCUCUGGGCAAAGUUAUCAACACCCCAGAGGUGGUGAGGGUGUACUUGGGGUCCUUCUGGGCCAAGCCCCUACAGAACACGGAGAACCGCCGACUCUUUGAAGCUGAAGCACAGGACCUCUUCCGGGACAUCCAGGGCCUGCCACGGAAUGCUGCCCUGCGCAAGCUCAAUGACCUCAUCAAAAGAGCCAGGCUUGCCAAGGUGCAUGCUUAUAUCAUCAGCUAUUUGAAAAAGGAGAUGCCUUCUCUGUUUGGAAAAGAAAAGAAGAAGGAAGAGUUGAUUGCACACUUACCCGAGAUCUAUCAAAUGCUGCAAAGAGAGCACCACAUCUCACCUGGAGAUUUCCCCAAUGUCAACAAGAUGCAGGAACAACUUGUGCACUAUGAUUUCAGCAAGUUCCCUUCCCUGAAAAUGAAGCUGAUUGAAUCAGUGGACAAGAUGCUAAGCAACAAGAUUGCACAGCUGAUGAACAUGAUCCGGGAGGAGGAAGGCAAGCAUCCAGUUCAGAUGGUGAUGGGCGGGGCCUUCCAAGGCUCUGAGGAUGGACCAUUCGGACAUGGCUACGGCGAGGGCAUUAGUGCUGGAGCGGAUACCGAAGACUGGAUUGUAAGUCGUGACAAGCCACAGUACGAUGAGAUCUUCUACACUCUGAUGCCCAUGAAUGGCAAAGUGACCGGUGUCAAUGCCAAGAAGGAGAUGAUGGGCUCACGCCUGCCCAACACUGUGCUCGGAAAGAUCUGGAAGCUGGCCGAUUGUGACAAAGAUGGCAUGCUGGACGAUGAGGAGUUUGCCCUGGCUCAGUAUCUCAUAAAGGUCAAACUGGAGGGCUAUGAACUGCCUUCAGAGUUACCACCCCACCUGGUGCCCCCUGGCCACAGGAAAAACCCCACUGCAGACAUCUUGUACAACCACCAGGACGACUAAGACCCUGAAUUGACCAGAGCAAAAACAUAACUACUCCUAUAUAAACAUUACUCGACAAAUUACAGUCUCAAAGAGGAUUCAACCAAAUGCUAAUUCGGAUAACAAUAAAUUUUACAGCAAAUUUGACUUUAUAAUGAUUGCGCUGUUAAGACAGAUAAGUACAUAGUUUAAUGUUAUUCUUAACAUGAGUACCACCUGACCACAUCACACAAGGUAUUGACUUUUUAAAAGGAUGAUCUUAGACUUUGGUAGAGAGCAGUCUGCUUUUGACAAUACACACCCUACACAUACAGUUCACACAGAGACCAACAACAAUCUUACAGAUUAAAUAUUACAAUUCUUAAGUGACGUACCAAAGCUGCAGCAGAAGUAAACCAUCCAGCAAACCAAAAAAGCCGUGUAUGUGGGAUACCGUAUUUACGUACAUUACAUGCACACACAAUAAUGUCAAAGGUAUUUGGACACGUUCAUCACACUCCUAUGUGGGUCUUCCCCAUAAUUUUGACUUGAAGUUGAAAUAAUACAAAUGUAUAGGAUCAGAAUGCUGUAGCAUUUAUUGGUCUUAACAUUUAAAUUUUCCAACACUUGAACUUAGAGCCCAAACCUAUUCUCACAUAAGGUCUGUAAAGACAUGGUGGAAGAAUUGAGUGGUCUGCACUGAGCCUUGGCUUCAACCCUACUGAACAUGUUCGGGAUUAAAUGGAAAACUAAAUUCAUGAGGCACCUUCCAGCUGGAAAUCAGUGUGUAACCUCCUGUAAGGGAUGUGAUAGCCCAGUGGUUAAUGUGUUGGACUACAGCUCUGAAGUUUGUGAGUUGAGUUUAACCCUCAAUUGCUCAUUUGUAACAAAUGAGAUAAAAACAAAUGUAAGUUGUUCUGGAUAAGGGUGUCUGACUAAUUCUGUAAUUGUACUCUUGCGGCUGAAUGGGUACAAAUCCCAACAUUCACCGUCCAAAUUCUAAUAUGUCUUCUUAAAAUUCUCCUUAUUAAUGCCUAUUGUUUAGAAUAAGAUGUUUAAUAGUGAGGUGUCAACAUACAUAUGGCUAUAUAGUGUAUUUCUAUUGAUGGUGCCAAGUCAUCAAGUAUACAAGAGUUAAAGUGAUGGUUUAUUGAUAGAUAUCGUGUUAUAGAGCCAUAUAUGUAUCGGCAGAUCUAGCACAUAGUCUAGGUAAUAUGAAAUAUCAUUUGAAUCUUAAUGGCAAACCGUUUGUUAUAUAUUACAAUUAGACACCGGCCUUUAAUUCAGCAAAGCUGCGUAGAAAUGUGUAAAGUGAGAAGAACGGACAAAUCUGCAUCCGUAUCCGUCAAUAAUCCUUUAUGUGGAUGUGAUGCAGUAAUGUGAGCAUAACUGAUGAGUCAGCUACUAAUCUCUUAUUUACAUCAUAUCCAUAUGAAAACCAAUUUUUAAUUAUAUACAUCUCAUUUACUUGCAAAAUGCCAUAUUUUUUGCUGUUACUGCAUUAUUUAUUUAUUUAUUUCACGUCUCAAAUUGAUCCGAGUUAACUGAAGUCAGAAAUAAAUGAAAGGAACGAUUCAAACACUGAAAAUUAGGCAACCAACAAAAAUAUCAGAAUAUCCAGGUUUACAUAUCUGCCCUACACUCCACAUCCCGAACAGAGCUUUCUUAAUCGUCAUGUUACGGAGAAGAAUGAGGAAUUUUACCGUACAUAACUUUGAUAAAUAAGGACCAAAGUAUUCAUUUUUUAUUAGUUCAUCUCAAGGUUUUAAUCAGUAGGCUUAAAUUCUGGAACCGUUGGUCAUUCUACACAUUAAUGUGUAUUUAUAUUAAUGUUUUUUACCAACAACGAUAAAAAACAUUCUUGUUAAAUUUUAAUGCUAAUCAUCAGUUGCUACUGGGGCAUCAGCUCAUGCUUGUUGGUUUAGGUGAAGGAAAAUAAAUUGUGCUGGAAAAUAAAUUUUGCUGAAAAAUAAAUUGUAUAAUGGAAAUUGAAUCACCUUUAAUGUAUAUAACGAUAAAAAUAUAUUCAUCUACACAUUAAAAAAGCAAACUGCACCGAACACAUUGUUUCUUGUUGAUGUUAGUGUAAUAUUUGGCCUCUUUACCGUAUCUCAGUGGGUCACGUUUGCUUCAAUGUCUCGUGAGAAAUAAGUGUGAUUUGUACAUUUAACAGGAUAAUUGUACAACGCUAACUGGUUCUUAUCUUAAUUUAAUGCAAGUCUGUAUCUGUUACACAGUUGUGUUGUUGUUAAAAUUCCCUCCAGUGUUACAUCACACCAGAUGCUCAGUGCGCAGUGCUAUAGAGUUACACCCGGCUUAGUCUGUAGCUCCAAAACAUUCUUAUUCACAGUAAUAGCUCAGCACAGCAGUGCCCAAUUGUACACGAAUACAUAUUGUAUUUUUACAGUAUUUUUCAAAUAAUUGUCUUUGACUGACUAGUUCUCUUUGCAGUCUGUGUGUAUGAAGAGAUGAGCUCUUUGAGGACACAGAAAAAAUUGUGUAUUCCAGCUGUUAACAUCACUGUCUUCGUGCUUCAUGUAUUUGUGAGUUUUUCAGUUUUAAGUGAACAGAUUCAGUCUGUAGUUAGAUGUUGUCGCAUAAAGAGAGUCUCGUGUAUUCGCUAACCCUUAAAAGUACAGCUGAUGCAGUUUAUUAUCACUAAAUGGAUAACUUUUGAUAAUCAGUCAUAAAUAUUUAGUUUGUAAUAAUGUGCCUAUGCAACCUGAUUAGUGUAUUGUGUAUUUCUCUACAAAUAUUGUAGAAAUACAGUAAUUAUACUUGUUUUUUAUUUUGUUUUUUAAUGAUUUUAACCAAAAAUUACUGUGAUUCUUUUAUGAGUGUUGUCUCUUUUUAAAUACUAUUCAUGUUAGUUUUUUCUUCCCAUACUGGCAUUUUAAUAUCGAGCACACCACUGAAUGUAAAGAAAUACCAUUUAUGUACUCCUUUUUGAAAUAAAAGAAUAUUUGGAUUAA